GACCCGCGUCCGCGCUUCUAAAGCACCCCGUGUACCGCGAGCCGCACCGAUGGACUCUCUCUUUAUGUGUCCGUGUCACACCGUGACAUAACGGCGCGUCGCUGCCGUACACGUCACAGUCGAACACUUUGUCAACAGUCGGUCACCCCACUGACGUUCAGGCGUUCAGACCUGGAAGUUACCGAAGUAACGCCCGGACGUUUGUAUCCGCCGCCAAUGAUGUCACCGAAGAGAUGGCUCACUUUGACAGUGGUCCCUGAAUGCCCCAUAACCCCCGCGCGCUGCCCCGCGGCCUCACCGGACACCUUUGGUUUCAUUUCGUUCUCUCCAGGCUUGUCGGCAGAAUGCUGUCUGCUGUCGGUGUCCACGGUCUGGUCAGCAGCGCGUGGGGCUACGUGGACAGCACAUUAAAGUGGUGGUGGAUCCCCAGCCGGCUGCCGCCAUGGUGUCCCACCUCUCAGAUCCAGCUGCAGACUGCAGAGGACAUGAUGCUGCGAUGUAUAAAAAGCUCUUUCUCGAAACGGCAUGUCCCCAUCUCCAACGGCAACCUGCUGUGGACUCUGACCUUCAGCAACGACCGCGUCAAAGACAAGACCCCCAUGGUCCUGCUCCAUGGUUUUGGAGGAGGCGUGGGCCUCUGGGCCCAGAACCUGGACGCGCUCUCCCAGCGGCGGCCCGUCUUUGCCGUGGACCUUCUGGGCUUCGGGCAGAGCAGCAGGCCCCCGUUCUCCAUGGACCCCGGCGCCGCCGAGGACCAGUUUGUGGAGUCUAUAGAGCAGUGGAGGGCCGAAGUCGGUCUUGAGUCCAUGAUUCUGCUGGGACACAACCUGGGAGGGUUCCUGGCUGUGUCAUACUCUAUCAAAUACCCUGCCAGAGUGAAGCACAUGGUGCUGGUUGAGCCGUGGGGUUUUCCUGAGAGCCCGGACCCAGUAGAAGCCAACCGUCCCAUCCCAGUGUGGAUCAAAGCCCUCGGGGCCAUGUUCAGUCCCUUCAACCCGCUGGCCGGCCUCCGACUGGUUGGACCACUUGGGCCCUCCCUCGUCCAGACUCUGAGGCCCGACUUCAAGAAGAAGUUCUCCUCCAUGUUCGCUGACAACACGGUGGCGGAGUACAUCUACCACCUGAACGUGCAAACCCCGAGUGGGGAAACGGCCUUUAAGAAUAUGAGCGUUAACCACGGCUGGGCCGCGAGGCCGAUGCUGCAGAGGAUGGACCAGCUUCAGCACGAGAUCCCCAUCAACAUCAUCUACGGGUCCCGGUCCAGCAUAGACAGCAACUUGGGCAGCACCAUCAAAGAGAUGAGGCCUCGCUGUGCCGUGGAGAGCAUAACGAUCCGUGGAGCCGGACACUAUGUGUACGCUGACCAGCCCGAGGACUUCAACCACAGAGUCUUGCAAGCGUGUGACGGAGUGGUGUGAAGUGGAGACGAGCCUCGGCUACUCAACCGGAGGAAAAAGGGGGAGGACCAAUGACAGACUGAACUCCCCAGAAACGCAGGAUUCACUUCCUCAUAGCAGGAAUAUGAAUAGUGAGGAAACGCAAUGAGACUCAAUAUUUUAGCGCUUUAAUAUGAUAUAAUGAUAUCAUGUUUGGUCGCAUCUUAAAUCAAACUGAAACAGAAUGAACGUCACUCAGAAAAGCUGAGUUCUGGUGUCGGGUGCUUCCUCCAUACGAGUGAUGCUGACGGGAAGAAGGUGUCCAGCUCGUCCUGCAGCCGGCAGCCUUCUGUUUUACCGCAGCUGUCCUCUGCAUUUUUGUAGGCUUUUUGUAUUCUACUGCAAAAUGUCAUUUCAACUGCAUUAAUUAGGAAUAUGAUCCUGGCUGGAUGUAUUGAAACCUACAAGACUGUUAAAAAGCAUCUUAAACCAUU